AUGAAUCUGUUCAACCUCAAUCAACAGAGUCAAGCGAAAGGCGGAACGACGCAAGAUCUUAGUUUUCUCAAAGAAGCCUCGCCAAUAUACGUAACAUCACUAUCGAACAACACCGUGUCCGUAACGAAUACGAGUACUACGGUGACAGCGGGAACAAAAUCCAACUACACGGCAGCAUCCACCUCACAGCAAGUUGCAACCAAUAACAAUAAUACAGUCAAGCCGCUAGGUAAUGUACCAACUACCACCACUACGACUGCAACUAAUCCGGUGGUUGGGUCGGCUGCCAUAAAAAGUGCUCAAAAUGUGAUCAACUUCAACGCUGGCGUCAAGCCAAACACUAAUCAAAUUCAAUCAACUGCACCUCAAUCCUCCAACACCAGUUUAUAUUCGAAUGUUCCACCGUCGUCAUCUCGCCAGCCUAACAUCAUACCUUCCUCUGUAGCUACUAGCAUUGUGACACCAAGUGUAGCAUCAUCGUCUACUUUUAAAGCAUCUACGGCCACACCCAAACCUAACGAACAACAACAGUUCAAUCUCAAUAAUAACAAUAACUCCAUCAACAACAAUAUUAUUAACGUAAACCAUAGUCUAAUAAACAACAACAUCAAUAGCAAUAUUAGUAAAACUGGUGCUGGUAACAGUUCUUGUAAUAGUUACUACAGUAAUCUAACCAAUACGAUUAUCGCAAACGGCCACGGUCCCAAGCGAGAGUUGGCUACACUAUCCGAGGGAGAGCUUGAACUACAGGAAGAAUCGUACGAAACGAACAGCAACAUAUCACGGGGAGGCACCGAAGUUCUGCUUGGCGACCAGAGUUUGCGACAGGAGAAUCGAACAGUAUCGUUCGGUUCGAAAGAAUCAGAAAGUGAGGCAAAGAUCAUGAUGAAAAGUAAUUACAUAACUGUGAGGCCCUUGGUGUGGCCUCAAAUGGCCGGUGCGAAAUGCGAUGACACAGCUCUCCGUGGGUGCUAA